GUCAAAACCAAUCCCAACAGCUCAGACAGUCUUUAUAAAAAUGACUGGCCUUACACAAUAUCUCAUUGUUCUCCUCUAUGCUCCUCUCCUAAUAACCUCCCAGCGUCACAAACAAGUUACAGUGGAACUUUCUGUUCUGCCCGAGAAACCCGUUAUUGGUGAAGACACAUUGAAGGUUCGCUGCCAAGGUUUGGUCAAUUCUUUCCCAGACAACAUCAACAUUUACAGCAUCUUAUUCUUUGCUGCCAAUGCUAAAAAUGGUGAACGGACUCUUUUGGUGAACAUUGAGAAGAACCAAACCACAUGGAUUGACCAACAGCUUCAACAUCAUGCGGAAAUAUCCCGUCCGAGUGAUGACAAUACAGUUGUUGAGUUACUAAUGGCACCAGCUCUAUGUUCUGACCAGAGAGUUUAUUCCUGUUCUAUGCAGACGUCUUAUGGAACUUUUCAGUCACAGACAGAAAAUACUAUUUUGAAAGGUCUUGGAAUCAAGAAUACAACAUAUCCAGCUGAAAAUGCCAACACCGUUUCUUAUGCUGCAAUUUUUGUUGGGUCUGUUAUUGGUUUUAUAGCCAUUAUAGUUCUUCUGACAACUGGAAUAUAUUAUGGUGUUCAGUAUAAACAAGUGGUUUUGGAAUAUUUCCAGAGAAUCUGUCCUUGGCUAUGGAAAGAUGUAAAAGACACGGACAGUGUCACAGAUAUAAGAGAGGACCAACCAAGCCCACACAGCCAGGAAGACCAGGUUGACUCCAGAUUUUCCUCACCAAUUUUAUCAGAGUCAGAAAUUUGCCAACAUGACUUCAUUGUGAAACAAAACAAUAAGGAAUUUAUUAUCCAUUUUCCUGCUAAUCAACAGUCUCGGAGCACCAACGUGUAAAGGACAAACUCAUUUCUAAGACUGUCACAAAUUUUACACAAGAACAAGAAUAACAAGAAUCAAGUUGAGACAAAGAAAUGAAUGUGAACCAUCGUUUUUGUAUUUGUAUUGCAAGAAUUUUUAUGUGAAAUCAUCAUCAUCAUCAUCAUUUAGCAUCCAUCUUCCAUGCUGGCAUGAGUUGGACGGUUUGACAGAGUCGGCCAGGUAGAAAACUACUUCACACUACUGUGUCUAUUUUGGCAGGGUUUAAAUUGAUGUUCUAUCUUGGGAGGGUCAUACUGUCAAUGAAAGACACACACUGGUUAUGUUUCACUUCAGUUAUAUUACCAAUCAGGCAGCAUUUUAUCCAAAAUGAUAACAUUUUUGCCAACUCACUUAAUAAAUAAUAGUAACUAUUUCUAAUAUAGACACAAAACCUAAAAUUUUUAAAGGGAGCAAGUUAGUUGAUACCAUUGACCCAAGUACUUGACUGGCACUUUAUUUUAUUGACCCUAAGAAUGGAUGACUGGUAAAGUUGACCUGAGCAGGGUUUGAACUCCUACUGUAAAGAGAAAGAAGAAAUACAGCAAGGCCAUUUUUCUGAUGUUUUCGCAAUUCUGCAAGCCUGCUGCCUUAAUAAUAAUUCCUUCUAAUUUUGGUACAAGGCCAUCAGUUUUGAG